GUGUUAUGAGGCAUAAGUCCAUUUAUAUGAAAGUUGAAGACAGCUUUAUAUAACCACACUUCUAAAAUGUGAAUAAUUGCCAAACUGACAAAGAGUUACUGAUGAAAUGGUUGGAUAGAGUGACACCACUAGAAAUGAACAAACACUGUUUUUACUUUCCAUUUUCACACAGUUGCUAAAUGUUUACACUGCUCUCCAUCCAUUAAAAAAAACAACUUAAACUUAAUAUUAAAAACUUACAAGAAUCGACGCAGUUAUUUCACAAAAAUCUUUGAUUUUGCUUAAGGGUCUUUGCAGCCCAUUCUGUAUAUACAGAAAGAAAAAAUAAUAAUAAAGACAACCAACGACUUAUUUCAGAGUGUAGCCACAUUUUAAAAUGCUGCUGUUUCUUGGAAUCACAGUCUCUGACUUCACCAGAGGGGGGCGACAAUAAUAACUAUUUCAUACAGCAGUUUCACUCAAACCCCCCGACACGAGUUUUGCAACGUUUGCUCUGUUAGAACUUGAUAUUCGAGUGUGUUCUUUUUAUUUUAUUUUAGUUUUGUUUUGUAUGCUAAAUCCACACCACAGACUGCGGAUAAGACAUGGACUGCUACGCGUUGUGUUUGGGUGCCUCAGAAAGUGUUGAGAAUAUUGAAAAAAAACAUAAACCUAUGCAGUUCUAUAUUUGCUCAAGUUUGAUUUGCUUCGUAAAUCACAAUUAAUUUCAGUAGUAACCUCGAAAUAAAAAACGCUUUAAUCUAAUAAUGUAGCAUUUAAAAUAAAAAACAAUAAAUAAAGAUUAUGUACACGAGUGCGUUUGUUUUUUUGUCUCUUAGUUGUGACUAAAAUGUUGACUCGCAAAAGCAAUAUUCCCGUAACCAUAUAAAGAGCCACAUAUUAGCCACACAUAAAUCUAAACGUGCCAUAAAAUGUUUUCACCUAAUAAUGUCUAUUCUAAUUAAUACAAGAAUGGCUAAAAAGUACCACGUAAAAAAUAUGGUAACAAAGAGAAAGUAAAGGUCACUAUUUUAUGUAACACUCCCUUUUUAACAUAAUUGCAGAGGCAGUUUCUAAGGCUGGUGCAGAAGAGGUAGGCAACACUUUGGCUCUGUCCAGCACAACCGUGUACACCUUGAUUUUAAGUCACGUAGCUGCCUCCAUCUCUGAAAAAUGUUUCCCAUAUUGAACCUUUGCAUUGUCGGUACAGGCAGUUUAUCCUUCGUCGCUAACAGCUGUUUAGCAGCAGCAUGAGUGAGUAGAGGGGGUGGUUCACAGCGUGUGUGUGAGUAACAUUUUGGACACGUCCGAGUCAUCCUCCGAGUACGACGACUUUUUUCACCAUGGUGUAUUCGCCGCUCACUGACUUCACUAAACUAAACUGUCAUCAUUCACCACCUCUCAUCCGCGUAAGCGACACAGCCUGACUCUGCAACAGUGACGUUGUCUGUUUUGACGGAACUAGUCAGGUGUUUCUCUGCUUUUCAAAAUAAAACGAUGUAAAUAGUUAUUCCACGGUUUCAGCUCCGCCCGUCCCAGUUAGUAUAUAAAAAAUGUUUGUUAUUUUCACCUGUCAGACACAUUUUUUACAGGUGUAGCCUACGCGUUGCAGGACUCGGUGUGACAAUUUCCGAAUCAGCAAUUUUUUUUCAGUUGCAGUCAAACGUCACACUCCGGAGAUCCGGCACGGUGCCGUAGUACUUUAAGCACUGUUAUUUCUCUGGUGUAAUAUGUUAUUGAUUUAGUUUACUCGUGUUUGGAUCCUGUAGGUAUCCGUACUGUAAUACUGCUAAAAGACAGGCUCUGAAACCAGGCAGCGACUGACAGGACAGUGUUUCCGCAGACAUAGGACCACAUAAGCAUGGAUCUUGUCAGCAAACCCAGGAGCAAAUCUACUGUGUGGCUUUAUUUUGGCUUCAAAGCGGACGAAAAUGGUCAGCCGCUAAACUCUGUUGAGGCCAUUUGUCGCUUGUGCAGAAAAAUAGUGCUCGCCAAAGGUGGAAACACCACGAAUUUAAGGAGCCAUCUUAGACGUCGACACCGUGCAGAUUUCUUCGACCCCUCUUCUUCCUCGACCCUGGGAUCGCUGUUUGAACCUACAUGUUUGGACCAAGAAGAACUCUUUGACGAUGUCCAUUUCAUGCAGAAUGCUUUGAACCAGACCUAUGUCCCAGAUGCAGUGCUGCCUUCUGGGGAGCCUUGGCUCCAGAACGGCCCCUCUCGUGCACUGCUUUCCUUGCCCUCCUGUCUGCUUCUCUGUCAAUACUCCGGUGCUGGAAUGCGUGGCUCUGGAUCUUCUAGUGAGGAUCAUACAGGAGAUAUGAAAGUCUAUGCCAAAUAUCCACUUCAGCAGGGCGUCAUGUUUGGGCCAUUUGUUGGAGAAACCUGCAGACAAAUGCCAAAUAAUCUAAAAUAUUCCUGGGCUGUUAGAGAUGAUGCUGCUUUCAUAUACAUUGAUGCUGCUGAUGAAAACAAGUCCAACUGGAUGAGGUAUAUCAGGUAUACAAGCAGGGAGGAAGAACACAACAUGUACAUCUUCCAGUUUUACCGUCACAUCUACUACAGGGUUUCCAAACCCAUUCCAGAAGGAACAGAGCUUAGGGUCUGGAUUGGGAAGGACUACGCCUCCAUGCUGGGCCUGGGAAUAGGAGAUGGUAUGAAAUGUGAAGUUGGAGACAAGGAGACAGCACUGCGCCUCCUGCAGGACAUCCAGUUGGUCACGCUCCCAGAGUCCAGCAGCACUUCCCUGUGGUCAGAUCACAGCCAAUCACAGAGCCCCAUGCCUCUGAUCAGUGAUGUGACAUCAAACUCUGACAUGGUUAAUGAACAAGUUGGGAUUUCCCUUCCCUCCACUCUCAGUGUCUCCACUCCUUUUGUCUCUGUCCCAUCUCCUUUCGGUCAAUUCAUGGACAGGUACGACUUCAUGCCUGGAACUGAAAAACUCUUGAGAAACCCCAGGGCCUCAGAACACAGCUCCUGGUACUUUUUUGGAUUUGAGGCAGACCCCACCGGUCGACCUCUGGAUCGCAGCACUGCAGUCUGUAAGCUGUGCAUAGAACAUGUGGGCUGUGCUGGAGGAGAAGCAGAUCUCAAAAACCAUCUGAUGAACAAACACCACAUCAGACUCCGUGAGAUCACCAAGGACAGAGGUUCUGGAGGUGCACAGCAGGCCCAGCCCAUGAUGCUCAGCAGUGGCCUGGUCAGCACUACCCCCCAGGUUUUAUCUGCACAAGUGAUUGAAGCCGUGGCCAACUUUCUCAUUUUGGACCUCCAGCCCCCAGCUGUUGUAGAGGGACAAGGUUUCAGACACUUGAUACACACCCUUCUACCCUCCAACAAGGAGCUGCCAUCACCAAGCCAGCUGGAGAACCUUCUGAAGGAACACCACACAAAAGGCAAGGCCUGCCUUGCUCAUCAGCUGAGGAUAAUAAGUGGCACACAAGAGGUUGUGCCAGACUACACUGCGCCCAUUGAGCCCAGGAGACGUGGGCAGCAUCCCAUUGAUCGCAGAGAAAUUCCCAAUAAUGUGACCUUAAGUGUGGACAUUUGGUCGCACAACUGGCAUGGAACCAGUGAGCCAUACCUCACCCUGUGGGCACACUGCAUAGACCUGAAUUAUAAUUCCAAGAACGUGGCAUUGACCUCUCAAAGACUGAUGGGAAGGGCUGUGAAAGAUUACACCAUUCAAACAAUAGUUGCUCAGGUGAAAGCUAUGGCACAGGAAUGGGGAAUCUCCCAGUCCAAUUUGGUCCUGAUUGGAGGGGAAGGAAGAAAAAAGAUGAUGCAGGGACGUGUCAAAAGAGAGAGGGUCAGAAAAGCUUGCAGGAAUGCAUUGAAGAAGUGA